CGGAGCGCACGUGUCUCCAUCUGGAUUCUUUGUCCUGCUCCACCGUCUGCUGGGAGAGGAGCAGACCGCUUUUCUCCGCAUCUUCUGCAGCCUUCAUCUUCAUUUGAGCCUGCUCAUCCCGGGAGGGGGCUCAGGUUUGGGUUCCAGUCGUCUCCAGAUGCAACAUGAUCGGAGGUCUGCGCACCUGAGCUGAAGGAGCUGCUUUCUUCUGGAUGAUGCUAAAUGGGGGUUUAGAUCUCCAGCUCCCAUCCCUAAAGGAGACCCAUGCACGCCUGUUUGAGUCUUCACCAUGUCCCCAGCAUCAGCAGCACCAGCCAGUGAAAGCUGCACCACCACAGUCCCAGAGGUGGAGGUUGACAGCCCCAGGGAGGAGCAAAAACCUCAAAAACAGUCUCUGACCAAAUCCUUGUGUCAAGAAACCCACUGGAAAUGCCUUCUGCUGUCCCUGCUGAUGUACAGCUGUGUCGGGGUCACAGUGUGGUGCCAGGUGACCAAGGUAACCCACCUUUCCUUUGACAGCGCUUACAAAGGAAAGUCCAUGAUGUACAGCGACAGUCCCUGCACCAGUGGCUACAUCUACAUCCCCCUGGCCUUUCUGGUCAUGCUGUAUGUGGUCUACUUGGUGGAGUGCUGGCACUGCUACGCCAGGAACGAGCUGCAGUACAAAGUGGACUUGGAGAGUGUGGCGGAGCGCAUUCAGCGAAUGCAGCAGGCGACGCCCUGCAUCUGGUGGAAGGCCAUAAGCUACCACUACGUCAGGAGGACACGGCACGUGACGCGGUAUCGCAACGGAGAUGCCUACACCUCUACUCAGGUCUACCACGAGAGAGUGAACACGCAUGUGGCCGAGGCGGAGUUUGACUAUGGGAAUUGCGGUGUUAAGGAUGUCUCAAAAAUCCUGUUAGGCCUGGAGGGCUUCCCAAUCACCAGGGUGAGGUUCACUAAGUGCUUCAGCUUUGCCAAUGUGGAGUCCGAAAACUCCUAUCUUACCCAGCGAGCCAGGUUCUUCACGGAAAACGAAGGUCUAGAUGAUUACAUGGAGGCCCGUGAGGGGAUGCACCUAAAGAAUGUAGACUUUAAGGAGUAUAUGGUUGUCUUCUCGGAUCCCAAUCACCCUCCUUGGUAUGCGUCCAACUCCAUUUUCUGGGUGGCAGCUGCUUUCACCCUCUCCUGGCCUUUGCGGGUGCUGACGGAGUACUGCACCGCCUGUGUGCACUACCACGUGGAGAAGCUGUUUGGUUUUGACUAUGUGCCAGUAACACCAUCUGAGGAGCGUCCACACUGCAGCCACAUCCCUCGAGUUAACACCAUUGACAGUACUGAGCUUGAGUGGCACAUCCGCUCCAACCAGCAGCUGGUGCCCAGCUACUCGGAGGCGGUUCUUAUGGAUUUGGCUCAGCUCUCAGGGGGCUGCAACAGCUACUCCAUGAGUGGAAGUUAUGGUAGCUACAGGCAGAACUGUGAACGUUGCCAUCGGGCCAUCAGCAGCUCCUCCAUCUUCUCCCGCAGCGCCCUCAGCAUCUGCAACAGCCCCCGCAUCCCCUUCAGCAGCAGCCGCUUCUCCCUGAGCCGGCUGUACGGCUCCAGGCGGAGCUGCCUGUGGAGGAGCAGCGGGAGCCUGAACGAGCAGUCGGGCCCCAGCGAGAGCACCCGCUGCCUGUCAGGCCAGCAGAGCAGCGAGGAGAACCCUCCUGGCUAUCAGGACGCUCUGUGCUUCCCGGUUCUUAUCGUACAUCGCAACGAGGGAUGCCUGAAUCAUGACCACCGCUCGCUGCACAGAAAUGGCUCCUGUGUGGAGACUUCACUGUAAGCCAGAACCACAACACUCCAUGAAAUUAACUUCUUUAUGAGCUACUACAAUUGAAUCAAACCAACCUAUCCAACCAAGUUAUGAGGUAAAUAUAAUAACAAGAACUUUAAAAACAUUACACUGCUAUGAAGAACUGUUCUGCCUGAGUGUCAAACCCCUUAAAGGCUCCAAUCGUCUUUUGAUCCAUUUUAGCGUUCCCAGUGGUGUUUUAACGAUAAUUAUGCAGUUUUUAGCCAAAAACUUAAAUGCCUGUGUCCUUUUCCUAGGACACAGUUUCUGCAGAGCAGCAGUAGUUCAUUAGAAAUCCACCUUUGAGGUGUGGGUGGGACUGUUGGUGAGAGCUUACAGCCUCUCACAACCAACCAAACAGACUUCAGAUUUCAGCUCGGACGAGGAAAACCAAGAUGUACAUGGACCUAGUCCUCUACAAGUAGGGAGCCUCAGGCCUGCCCAGCGUAUUUUCUAUGUCACAAAUAUGCUCUUUUAAAGCAUUUUUUUCAUCUGCUCCUGAUUCACGUUGAUUUGAAUAAGGGGAAACUCAGAAAUGCUGUGUUAAGAUUAAUUUUCUUUAUAUAUCUUGUCCAUCAUUACAAAAAGUAAAAACAACAUGAUAAAAACCUGAUUUUCAUAGGAGAGGGUCUUUAAUCAUCUUUUUACUGUAGGACAGACCAAGAAAACGGGACGAGUCACUCAGUGAGCCUUCAGUUUUUACAGUUCGGUGUCAGCUUGACUCAGCAGCAAUCUGAGAAGCAGCCAACUCCCCGAAGAACAACAAAAAACAGCUGCAAAUAAUUAAAUUAGUUACUGUUAAACGUGUGGACAUGACAAGUCACGAAACUCAUUAAAAAAAGCAAAAUAAACACGAUUCAAAAUUGAAUUUAUCGAAUAAAGUCUUGUUGAAACUGGCUUAAGUAAAAAAAAGUGCUGUAAAUGUCAUGUGUUGAUAAAAUAUUCAGUCUGUCUGUUUGCACAGAGAUUUUACUGCCUUCCUUGUUAAAUAUAGCACAGGGGAGUGUGAAUAAUUUAGCACGAGAGGGCUAAAGGACACCAGAACUUAAACACAAUUAUAAACUCACCUCUACAAGCUGAAAAAAACAUCAUGUCAUUUAGCUGAUUAGAUCUUUUUCAAAUUGUCUUCAAUAUUUUGAUUUAGUCUACCUCUUUCUUUAAGUGCCUUCUCUUCUUAACAAGCAGAACUAGUAAAAAAAAAAAAGGAUUCUGUUUGAUGUCUUUGGGGUUGCAUCUGCUUUUGAAAAUAAAGAUAUACAUUUUGGUUCAGAUGAUUCUCCUGUGAGCUCGAAGCUGGUCGGAUCUGAUUUUCCUCAGAAUGUAUCUCAGAUCUUGUGCAGUCGGUUCUGUGCAGCUGCUGCACAUCAAAGCCACUCAGAAAUGGGUGGAGGCCUGGACUCACUGCUUAUAGUGUCACAUUUGAUAACAUGACUGGAACUAAAUAAGGGACUUCCUGUCAUUUGAGCAAAUGCAGUCUCGUCCUGUAAUUGAAGAUUCAAAUUGUAGUUGAAACUAAUAAAAUUAGGUUAACGUAAGUUUGUUUUUUGAGGGGUAAAGUAAAUCUUAUUUGAUCAUGUUUUAGUUUAUCUAAUUUUUCAAUCACUCAUCUGUUGUGAUCAGAUUUUCAGUAUUUAGAUAUCCUAAUUUGUGAUGCAUUUUGCUGUUUUUGGUAUUAAAAGUAGUGCUCAAUCAUUUUGUCUGUGAAUUCAAAAUACUGUAUAUGAACUUUUGAGAACACAAUAAGCCAUACUUCCACAUUCCAGGUUAGUGUCAGGUUUGAACUAAGCUACGCUUGUACCGCUGUAUUAUGUCUCAUCAAAUGGCCGAUUAUAUGAUUAUAAAAUGGAUUUCUUAAAAUAAUUAAAUUAUCAGUCAGCUCCUAUGCAAGCCCCAAACUCAGGACACAAUCUGACUGCAACAUUUCAUUUCUUACACUAGAAUGGAGGGUUUCUAAGUACAAGAUUGAAUGAAACAGAUCUUUUUUGAAACAAGAGUUUGUUUCCUGCCAAAAUAAGAUGCAUGGAAAAAUCACAAAAUCUCUUAAAAAGUAAGUUAAAGCCAAUUACUCAUAAUUGUAAGGGAUAAAAUAUUCUCUGGUCUCAUUUGUUUCCUAAUAAAAGUGUUUCUUUUCUGUGUUUUUGCGGUGAAUAGCAACUGUUUUGUAAUUACACUGGCCUAAAACGUUUUAGAAUUUAUUAGGUUUUAGUAUUUCAUUUAUUUAUAAAGGGAAAAUGUUGUGUUUCCUGAUAUUUGUCAGCUAGAAAUCAUUUCAUGAAGUUUAUGGUGCUGGAUGUACAAAACAUGUAAAUUAUAAUUAAUUAUAGGAAGAUCAAAACCAGAAAGUCAAUCAAAUUGUUUUCAGUGUAGAAACAGCAGUAAUAUUUAAUUGAAGGUUAAAGAAAAAUUACGUUUUUUAUUUUUUGAGAUGGCAGGUGGUGGAUUAUGGGGGGGGGGCGUGGACUGCUCAGAAACCGAAGACUCUAGAGGGUCCGGACGGGACGGAGGACACUAAAAACAAAACCUUUAAAACUUUUUCUUUUAGUCACUUUCUGUUGAGUCUUUUUCAGAAGCGGAUGUGCAAAUGGGAGGUUUUCUCUGUAGUUGACUGUCAGAGUAAAUGAUUUUGUCAUGACUUCCUAUUUAGUCAAAUAGAUUAGUUCAUCAUAGAUAUUUGUGCUCAUUUCUUUCGAUCUAUUGGCUCGUGUUUGUGAGGCCACAAAAGUUUAGUGCUGUAAAUAAUUGAAGGUUUUGGGUGAAUUUUGAUGAAUGUCUUUUCUUCUGUCACACACAAACAAGCAGGCAACAUGUUGAAGAUCUCAAAUGAAAAGCUUAAAGAUGUCUUGUUGGCCUUCUUCAGAACACAUUUCAAGGUUUUUAAUGGUUUAUUUUACUGUCAAAAUGUUUUUUUUUGAAGUAGAAAUAGAUAUAGACAGUUUUUUUUUUUACCUGUUAUGAUCUGCAACAGCUUUUUCUGAGAAACAUUAAGGGUUGAGAGCAAAAUCUGCAAAGACAUGACAAAAAUGACUGAUACUAAAUGUGAUCAAAUGUCUGUAUGCGUUCCAGUUCCAUCACAAUGCUGCCUUUAUGAGGACUCAUUACCAAAUAUCUUCAGAUUAAAAGCACUCAAUAAACAGAAAUGCUCACUA